AACGAGACUUGUUAUUGAAGUAUCGCGAGAACUGUGGUCAGCUUCCUGUUUUGCGGUACGAUUCCCAGAUUUUUCAAAAUGGGACUGCUUGAUAUGGAUUUCCUGGACGAUGUCCGGCGUAUGAACCCGAGACAGCUCUAUUACCAAGUGCUGAACUUUGGUAUGAUUGUCUCGUCUGCUCUGAUGAUCUGGAAGGGGCUUAUGGUGGUCACAGGCAGCGAGAGUCCCAUAGUGGUGGUCCUCAGUGGAAGUAUGGAGCCUGCCUUUUUCAGAGGAGACCUACUUUUCCUGACCAACUACAGAGAGGAGCCAAUCAGAGUGGGAGAAAUUGUCGUGUUUAAAAUAGAAGGGCGAGACAUUCCCAUUGUACACAGAGUGCUGAAAGUUCACGAAAAAGAAGAUGGAAAAGUAAAAUUUCUUACCAAGGGAGAUAACAACUCGGUAGAUGACAGAGGGUUAUAUGCCCCUGGACAGCUUUGGCUGGAAAAGAAAGACGUGGUGGGGCGAGCUAGAGGGUUUGUGCCUUAUGUUGGAAUAGUCACUAUAUUGAUGAAUGAUUAUCCUAAAUUUAAGUAUGCUAUUCUUGCCUGCCUGGGUCUGUUUGUGCUAAUACACAGAGAAUAACAGAGGAUGAAAGGGGACAGAAGAGGACAAGAGAAAUUGUGUAGAGAAGGAUUCGAACAUUGCUAAAUCUGUAUCAUUGGUGUUAGGGAUUUAACCGUUUACAAUUGUGUAUGUGCGAGUCUUUUACUAUAGUUGUGUAUGAUUGUGAAAAAAUGUGGGAAAAGUUGUGAAUUUGAAAUGAUAUGAUAUUGUGUAAUUUUGGGGACUGAGAAUGUUGAAAGAACAUGUAAUAGUGUUUGAUGUCGGUAUGAGAGAUUUGUCAGUAUUUAAACCCUUCUUCAUAUGUACAUGUAUAGGCAAUAGUGCAAAGUCUGAAAGGGUGUGUUUUCCGUUCAACAGGGCAAAGGAACCUGUUUUCAAUUAUUUAUGUACAAUAUAUUUUUUCAUUAGAGUAACAAAUCUAGAACAUAUUUUAGUUGUCUGAUUUUAAAAAGAGUGUAAUUAUAAGUUUUACUCACCCAGGUUUUGAUGAAAAGAUGACAUUAAAAAUUGUAUUCUACUAGAAUUUUAGGAAGUUUCGAUUUUUGUGUUAGCCAAUUAAUCGUUAUGUACAGUUUCAUCAUAGGAAUCAAGUUUAGAGUAUAUUGUACUGUAAUUUGAUGAAUCUCCAUUGUGUGCGUAACGGUAGAGCAUUUCAUACCUUUCUAAAUUUUCCACACUUUGCCAUCAUGACUCUCACACAAACGUUGUAUUUGUAUAUUUAACAUUUGCCUUUAUGUCUUUUUGUGUAAGAUUGGUGCAAUAUGUGAAAAAAACUUUUAUCUUUCUAAAGUUAGCAAUUUUAGAUAAGUUUGCAAAAUAAUUGCACGUGGCAUCCUCACAUUGUAAUUUUCCUCAUGUUUGCAUUGAAUUACAUAAACUUAUUUACAUAAAAAUACGCUGAAAUAUAUCUAUUCUAAGGAAAAUUAAAUUUCACUCUAAUUUAUGACGUAGCAAAAGGGAAACAACUCUUAUCAAUAUAAUAAUUCAUGUUUCACUGUGACUGCAACAUUUUCAAAUUCAUCUGGUCAGUGUGAAUUAAAGAAAAAGGUGCUGACAUCUUAAUAUUUUUUUUCUUCAUUUAACAUGAAAUAUGUGUAUGUUUAAGAAUGUGCAUAAAUACCGUCAGUUGUUUCAUUUAUUUGAGCAGAAUUAAAUUGACUGUUGUAAAAAUAG